GACAGGGCGAGACGGGGAAGUUCCGCCCAGCAGCCCGGCCUCCGGGAGGACUGCCCCGCCCCGCCCCUUUCCUCGGGACUAGCUGGGUUGGAGGGCAGAUCCGCGGUUGUGAAGUUCCCUGGAGCGACAUGCCUCUGUCCAUACACCCCCAUGUGGCCUUAGACGUGAUCGUAGGCCUGGUGAAUGCCUUGUCUUUUCUGUUGGACCUGGUCGCCGACCUGUGGGCCGUUGUCCAGUACAUGCUCGUUGGCCGUUACCUGUGGGCCGCCCUGGUACUGAUGCUGCUGGCCCUAUCCUCGGUGCUGCUACAGCUCUUCAGCUGGCUCUGGCUGACAGCGGACCCCACUGAGCUGCACCACUUGAAGCCCACGCGUCGUUUCCUGGCUCUGCUGCAUCUUUUGCAGCUCGGCUUCCUGUAUAGGUGCCUGCACGGAAUGCAUCAGGGGCUGACCAUGUGCUACCAGGAGGCGCCAUCUGAGUGUGACCUGGCCUAUGCAGACUUCCUGUCCCUGGACAUCAGCAUGCUUCGGCUUUUCGAGAGUUUCAUGGAGGCAACGCCACAGCUCACACUGGUGCUGGCUAUUGUGUUGCAGAGUGGCCAUGCUGAAUACCACCAGUGGUUUGGCAUCAGCUCAUCCUUUCUGGGCAUCUCAUGGGCACUGCUGGACUACCAUCGGUCCUUGCGUACCUGUCUUCCCUCCAAGCAGCGCCUGGGCUGGAGCUCCUCUGCUGUCUACUUCCUUUGGAACCUGCUGCUGUUGGGGCCCCGAAUCUGUGCCGUCGCCUUGUUCUCAGCUGUCUUGCCCUACCAUGUGGCCCUGCAUUUCCUCAGCCUGUGGCUAGUACUAUUGUUCUGGGUCUGGCUUCAAGGCACAAAGUUUAUGCCUGACUCCAAAGGUGAGUGGCUAUACCGGGUGACAGUGGCACUCAUUCUUUAUUUCUCCUGGUUCAACGUGUCUGGGGGCCGCACUCGAGGCCGGGCCACCAUCCACCUGAUCUUCAUCCUCAGUGACAGUGUUCUGCUGGUCACCACCUCCUGGGUAACAAAUGGCACCUGGCUGCCCAGUGGGGCCUCAUUGCCAGUGUGGGUUACCAUAGGAGGAGGCUGCUUCUUCCUGGGACUGGCUUUGCGUACAAUCUACUACCUCUGGCUACACCCUAGCUGCAGCUGGGAACCUGACCUUGUGGAUGGGACCUUAAGACUCCUUCCUCCCCAACGUCUUCCUAAGCUGAUUUAUAACAGGCGUGCCACUUGGUUAGCAGAGAACUUCUUUGCCAAGGCCAAAGCUCAGGCUGCUCUGGCAGAGGAGGUACAGCUGAAUGGAGUCCUCUGAGGCAGCGUCUGAUUCAACCAGUGAGGAAGAUUAGAAGUGGGCCCUUGCAAGGGACAAGGGGGCCAAUCACGUGCAAGCCAUUUUUUCUUCUCCAACAGACAGGGCAAAUCCUCAGUUGUUUGCCGUUCUCACCUCUCAGGUGAUUGGUGCUGUCCUGGUUCCUGGUUCCCUAACCUGCUCUAGAUGACAUUGAUUCUAGGAGAUGUUCUCGACGGGAACUCUUCCCUACCCCAUUCCAUCCAUUCACUUCAACCAACAAAUGUGGAAGGCAUUUAUGUUCUGGGAGCACCAUCCUGACUUCUGAACUGGCUGCCACCCUAGCUUCUUUCCCUGCCUACCUGGACGAAUCCUGGGUAGACUCCUAAACACCCGAGGCCAGAGAUGCCCCUCUCUUAGGCCACCUUUACACCAAGUGCCUUACGGACCUGUGGUCAUGCCCAUUGAGUAUUUUUCAUUCUCCUACCUCAAUCUAUAUGAAAGAAGAACGUGUGCGCAUGUGCUUAACAGUAUUAAAACCUCAUGAGAUUCUCCAAA